AUGUUUCAGUCCUUCAAAACGCCAUCCGAUCCAUCGACCGGCAAACCGCGCCUGAAGGCGGUGCGCGAGCGCAUGGCCGCGAUGGACGUGGACGUGUUUCUGGUGCCGCAUGCCGACGCGCACCAGAGCGAAUAUCUGCCGCCCCACGCAGAACGGCUGGCCUGGCUGACCGGUUUCACCGGGUCGGCGGGCAUCGCCGUUAUUCAGCGCAAUGCCGCCCAUGUCUUCGUCGAUGGCCGUUAUACGCUGCAGGUGCGCAAUCAGGUCGAUACCGGCCUGUUCGCGCCCGAAAGCCUCGUCGAUACGCCGCCGCACGAAUGGCUGGCCGACAAUCUCAAGGCCGGCACACGCGUCGGGAUCGAUCCGUGGCUGCACACCAUCGCCGAUACGCGGCGAUUGGACAAAGCCUGUGACACGGCGGGCGCGACGCUGGUCCGCUGCGCGGUCAACCCUGUCGAUGCCGCCUGGCAGGAUGCGCCGCCCCCGCCGGCGACGCCGAUCCGUGUCCACCGGCCCGAACAUGCCGGUCGCAGCGCGAAGGCAAAGCUGCGCGAUCUCGCCAGGGCCGUGCGCGACAAGGGUGCGUCCGCCACCGUGCUCACCGAUCCGGCCUCGGUCUGCUGGGCGUUCAACAUUCGCGGCUCCGACGUGGUGCACACGCCGCUCACCAUGGCAUGGGCGAUCGUCCCGGCGCGCGGCCGGCCCACGCUUUUCGUCGAUCCGCGCAAGCAUUCCGGCGAUGUCACCGCCUAUCUGCGGAACCACGCGAACCUGGCCGCCCCCGACACCUUGGAGGAGGCGCUCGCCGAACUCGGGCGUUCGGCCAAAAAGCCCGUCAUGCUCGAUGCGGCGCGUGCCAACGCCGCCAUCGCCGACGCCAUCGAAGCGGCUGGCGGAAGCACCGUCGCCGGCACCGACCCGGCCAUCCUGCCGCGCGCCAUCAAGAACCGUGUGGAGCGCAAGGGCGCCAUCGAGGCGCAGCGCCGCGACGGCGCCGCCAUGGUCGCCUUUCUCGCCUGGCUGGACGCACAGGAUCCGGCCAAACUGGACGAGAUCGCCAUCGUCAAGCGCCUGGAAACGAUCCGCGUCGAGACCGCCGGGCGCCUGGGCAAGCCCAUGCGGGAGAUUUCGUUCGACACGAUCUGCGGCACCGGCCCCAACGGCGCCAUCGUUCAUUACCGGGUCGAUGAAAGCAGCAACCGCAAGGUCACGCCGGGCGAGCUGAUCCUGAUCGAUUCGGGCGCGCAAUAUGAUGACGGCACCACCGACAUCACGCGCGUGGUGCCCACCGGCGCGCCGUCGGACGCACAUCGCCGCCAUUUCACGCUGGUGCUCAAGGGCAUGAUCGCCAUCUCGCUCGCCCGUUUUCCCGAGGGCACGCGCGGCGUCGAUCUGGAUGUUCUGGCGCGCCGCGCGCUGUGGGCGGCGGGCCUCGACUACGGCCAUGGCACGGGCCACGGCGUCGGCUCCUAUCUGGGCGUCCAUGAAGGUCCGCAGAACAUCUCACGGCGCGGCAUGGCGGCGCUGAAAGCCGGCAUGAUCGUCUCCAACGAACCGGGCUGCUACGCCGAGGGCAGCCACGGCAUUCGCAUCGAAAACCUCGUCAUGGUCGAACCGGCCAAGGUGCCGGAGGGCGGCGACAUCGCGGUGCACGGGCUGAAGACGCUGACACUGUGUCCGAUCGACCGGCGGCUGAUCGAGACCAAAAUGCUCGAACCGCCCGAACGGCGGUGGCUGAACCGCUAUCAUGCGCGCGUCCGCCGCGAACUGUCGCCGUUGAUCGACGACCGGGCGGUUCUCGACUGGCUUGAGCAGGCAACCGCGCCCGUGCGCUGA